AUAUGCCUGGGUGAUGCCCAAGCAGUUACAUUCCUGAGAAGAAGGUUCCUGGGUGUUUUGAAGAACAUUCAGAAGACUAUACAGGAGACAAUACAUGAAGGACCUACUUAUUGAAUUCUUCUAGAACAAAAGGCAGAGGGUCCUUAGUGUAAAAACAUUAGUGAUUAUUCUGAGGAGAAAAAUAAGUAGUACUCUUAAAAAAAAAAAAAACAGCCAUAAAAUAGACAGCUCAUUCCAAAAAUUUCCAUUUUGGAAGAUGUCAGUAAACAACUCUUCCAGUGCAUUUCUGGAUGCAGUGCCCAGUAAUACCAAUCGCUUUCAAGUCAAUGUCGUAAGUGAGAUCCAUGAGGGCAGUGCAGCUGCAGAUGACAACGCUGCCCCUCCACAUUAUGAGGAAACCUCCUUUGGGGAUGAAGCCCAGAACAGAUUCAGAAUCAGCUUCAGGCCUGGGAAUCAGGAGUGCUAUGACAAUUUCCUCCAAAACGCGGAAACUGCUAAAGAUGCCAGUUUUCAUGCUUAUGAUACUCACACAAACACAUACUACCUGCAAACCUUUGGCCACAACACCGUGGAUGCUGUUCCCAAGAUCGAUUACUAUCGCAACACCGGCAGCCUGAGUGGCCCCAAGGUCAACCGACCCAGCCUGCUUGAGAUUCAUGAGCAGCUCGCAAAGAACGUGGCAGUGGCCCCAGGCCCCGCAGACAGGGUUGCUAAUGGUGAUGGGAUGCCUGCAGAGGAACAAGCUGAAAACAAGGAAGAAGAUAAAGGCGGUGCUGUGAAGUUUGGAUGGGUGAAAGGUGUGCUGGUGAGAUGCAUGCUAAACAUCUGGGGUGUCAUGCUCUUCAUUCGCCUCUCCUGGAUUGUUGGAGAAGCUGGAAUUGGUCUUGGUGUGAUUAUCAUCGGCUUAGCCGUGACAGUGACUGGUAUCACUGGUUUAUCCACCUCGGCUAUUGCCACAAAUGGAUAUGUCAGAGGAGGUGGGGCCUACUAUCUUAUUUCCAGAAGCUUAGGGCCCGAGUUUGGUGGGUCUAUAGGCUUGAUCUUUGCUUUUGCCAAUGCAGUAGCUGUUGCCAUGUAUGUGGUGGGAUUUGCUGAGACUGUGGUAGAUCUCCUUAAGGAGAGUGACUCAAUGAUGGUGGAUCCAACCAAUGACAUCCGGAUAAUCGGGUCCAUCACUGUGGUGAUCCUUUUAGGAAUUUCAGUAGCUGGAAUGGAAUGGGAAGCUAAGGCUCAGGUGAUCCUUCUGAUCAUUCUCCUCAUUGCUAUUGCAAACUUCUUCAUUGGAACUGUCAUUCCAUCCAAUAAUGAGAAGAAGUCCAGAGGUUUCUUUAAUUAUCAAGCAUCAAUAUUUGCAGAAAACUUUGGGCCAAGCUUCACAAAAGGAGAAGGCUUCUUUUCUGUGUUUGCCAUUUUUUUCCCAGCAGCAACUGGGAUUCUUGCUGGCGCCAAUAUCUCGGGAGACUUGGAGGAUCCUCAAGAUGCCAUCCCCAGAGGGACCAUGCUGGCCAUUCUCAUUACCACCAUCGCUUACAUAGGAGUGGCCAUCUGUGUGGGGGCCUGUGUGGUGCGAGAUGCCACCGGGAGCAUGAAUGACACCAUCGUUCCUGGCAUGAACUGCAAUGGUUCGGCGGCCUGUGCGUUGGGCUAUGACUUCUCAAGAUGUCGACAUGAACCGUGUCAGUAUGGGCUGAUGAACAAUUUCCAGGUCAUGAGCAUGGUGUCAGGGUUUGGCCCCCUCAUCACUGCUGGGAUCUUUUCUGCAACACUCUCCUCCGCCCUGGCCUCCCUCGUCAGCGCGCCCAAAGUGUUCCAGGCUCUGUGCAAGGACAACAUCUACAAAGCCCUGCAGUUCUUUGCAAAGGGCUAUGGGAAAAACAACGAACCCCUGAGAGGCUACGUCCUCACUUUUGUGAUAGCCAUGGCGUUCAUUCUUAUCGCUGAACUGAACACCAUUGCUCCCAUAAUCUCCAACUUUUUCCUGGCCUCAUACGCACUUAUUAAUUUCUCCUGCUUCCAUGCCUCUUAUGCCAAAUCUCCAGGAUGGAGGCCUGCAUAUGGGAUUUACAACAUGUGGGUAUCUCUUUUUGGGGCCAUUUUGUGCUGUGCAGUUAUGUUUGUCAUCAACUGGUGGGCAGCUGUCAUCACCUAUGUCAUUGAGUUCUUCCUUUAUAUCUAUGUGACUUAUAAGAAGCCAGAUGUCAACUGGGGCUCCUCCACACAGGCUCUCUCCUAUGUGAGUGCUUUAGACAAUGCUCUGGAAUUAACCACAGUGGAAGACCAUGUAAAAAACUUCAGGCCUCAGUGCAUUGUCCUAACAGGAGGACCCAUGACAAGACCUGCGCUUUUGGAUAUAACUCACGCCUUCACCAAGAACAGUGGUCUUUGCAUAUGCUGUGAAGUCUUUGUGGGACCGCGCAAGCUGUGUGUUAAAGAGAUGAACAGUGGCAUGGCAAAAAAACAGGCCUGGCUUAUAAAGAACAAAAUCAAGGCUUUUUAUGCUGCAGUGGCGGCAGACUGUUUCAGGGAUGGCGUCCGAAGUCUCCUUCAGGCCUCAGGCUUAGGAAGAAUGAAGCCAAACACUCUGGUGAUUGGAUAUAAGAAAAACUGGAGGAAAGCUCCCCUGACAGAGAUUGAAAACUACUUGGGAAUCAUACAUGAUGCAUUUGAUUUCGAGAUUGGUGUGGUCAUUGUCAGAAUCAGUCAAGGGUUUGACAUCUCUCAGGUUCUUCAGGUGCAAGAUGAAUUAGAGAAACUAGAACAGGAGAGGCUGGCUUUGGAAGCCGCUAUCAAGGAUAAUGAAUGUGAAGAGGGCAGUGGAGGCAUCCGAGGCUUGUUUAAAAAAGCUGGCAAGUUGAACAUUACAAAGCCAAUUCCAAAAAAAGACAGCAGCAUUAACACCAUCCAGUCCAUGCAUGUUGGGGAGUUCAACCAGAAAUUGGUGGAAGCCAGCACCCAAUUUAAAAAGAAGCAAGGAAAAGGAACAAUUGAUGUUUGGUGGCUGUUUGAUGAUGGAGGGUUAACACUCCUUAUCCCCUAUAUCUUGACUCUCAGAAAAAAAUGGAAAGACUGUAAAUUAAGAAUCUAUGUUGGAGGGAAGAUUAACCGCAUUGAAGAAGAAAAAAUUGCAAUGGCUUCCCUUCUGAGCAAAUUUAGGAUAAAAUUUGCAGACAUCCAUAUCAUUGGUGACAUCAACAUUAAGCCAAACAAAGAGAGCUGGAAAGUCUUUGAAGAGAUGAUUGAACCAUAUCGUCUCCAUGAAAGCUGCAAAGAUUUAACAACUGCUGAGAAAUUAAAGAGAGAAAAUCCGUGGAAAAUUACAGAUGCAGAACUGGAAACAGUCAAAGAAAAGAGUUACCGCCAAGUUCGCCUGAAUGAGCUGUUACAGGAAAACUCAAGAGCUGCUAAUCUCAUUGUCCUGAGCCUUCCAGUGGCAAGAAAAGGAUCUAUCUCAGACUGGCUGUACAUGGCCUGGUUGGAAAUCCUCACCAAGAACCUCCCUCCCGUCUUACUAGUUAGAGGAAAUCACAAAAAUGUCCUGACAUUUUACUCUUAAAACAUGAAACAUUAAUUAAUUAAGAGACAUUUUAACUUAGUGCAUGAAUAAUCAAGAAACAUGAUCAAAUAUUUUGUGUUAUAAAUCUGAUCUGUGGAUAUGCCAAUCUCUGAAGAUUAUCAUACUGGAUUCCAUAUAAAUUUUAUUUUUUAUUAGUUAAUGGGAGCUAUUUUUUUUCCUAUCAACUCAAGGGGGUGUCAAAACCAAUGCUACCCCUGGAAAGACAUCUUUGUCACUACUGUUGAUAUACAAGAAAAUUAAGCAAAUCCAUGCUGGCUUAUGCUCAAGAAAACCACCAACUUGAUUGUACGCUUCUCCGGGCAAAGUUAAUCUUUUGUUCGCUUCUCGGUGCUGAUCUGGGCCUCCACCCAUAGCAGGCCCUUAUUUAACUGCUCAGUUGCAGUUGGGAUCAUAACUGCGGGUGGGUAUCACAGGAAAAGACCAAGUGGGUAGGCACCAUGAUCAUGCCUGGAAACUUUAAGAAGUCCUUGACUUCUUAAAUGCAAAUGUUGAAAGCAGUUCCCUAAAUAAGUAAUUUAAUGUAACACAGAUUAUAUACUUAGAGCAAACUGCAUGAUCCUUGAUAACUCACUGCUUCAAUUUAGGCUGACAGAAGAGUGUAUUAGCUGGAUCAGAAGGCAACAUAUGUUCCUAAUCAAUGAAAUGGAUUCGCUUCUUUAUAUAUAAACUUUAAUUGUUCUUUCUAUUAACUAUUUUGAAGUUUCCAUCAUGGUAUUACUUUGCCUAUUUUUCUGAUUAAGUCUUAGUACAGAUGAAAUCUUCAUAGAGGUUUGAUUGAAAAUAAAUAUCACAAAUUUCCAAACUGUUAAAAGGAUAUAUAUCCUGAAUUAUAUAAUUACUUUACAUAGUGAUUUAUGGAUUUAAAAGAGGAAUUAAAAUAAGUGGAGAAACUUAUAAUAUAGAAGUAUUGAUUUUUUUCUUUUUUGUGAGUGUUCCUAUAAUACUCUAUCAUGUUUGAAAAAAACAAAAAUAAUUUUUUUUCUGAUGGAUGGCUUGAUUAUUUUCGUGACAUAUUUUAAUUGUUUAUUCUAAAUGAUAAAAUAUAAGGCAAACAAUGAAUCUCA